CUUGCACUCAUAACAUACUGAGAAAUACAUAUGCUAUGAUUGGCUAUGUGAAUUCCAGCAUAUAAUGUUCUUUUCUUGAUAAAUACAUCAGCAUUUUGUAAACAUCAGAAGUUGCCUAUGUUUUCAAUGCAUACUACUUACCAGUCAAUUGUGGUUUCCUUCACGGUACAUACAGGGUCUUCUCAGUUAACAAUCACAAGGGUGUUUUCUAAUUCUAUCCUUAACAUGAAUGGAACCAGUAGGAAGGGAGAUCCAGAACAAAAACUAAAUGGGUCAUCUUUGUUUUUCGUUUAUGAUCGGUACUAAUUUGCUCUUUCUGUUAUUCACACUUUCCUUUGCAGUUGAUAGCAUUAGUCCCUCCCAGUCUAUCCGUGAUGGAACAACCUUGGUUUCCAAAGGUGGAAGCUUUGAGCUUGGUUUCUUCAGUCCAGGUAGUCCCGAGAAUCGUUACUUGGGAAUUUGGUACAAGAACAUCCCAGUUCGAACUGUUGUGUGGGUUGCAAACAGAUGCAACCCCAUUAAUGAUUCUUCCGGCAUCUUGAUGAUAAACAGUACAGGACAUCUUGUGCUGUUAGGUCAGAAUAAGAGUGUUGUUUGGUGGAUAAGCUCAGCUAAACAUGCCCGAAGUGCAACAGUAGAGCUUUUAGAUUCUGGGAAUUUAGUACUAACACUAAGAGAUGCAGGAACCUAUUUGUGGCAAAGCUUUGACUAUCCUUCUGAUACGUUCUUACCAGGAAUGAAGAUAGGAUGGGACUUCAGGACAGGUAUAAAAUGGAGUUUAUCAGCUUGGAAAAAUUCAGAAGACCCGUGUCCUGGAGAUUUCACUUAUGGGAUUGAAAUGGAACGUGAUACUUAUCCUGAGGGAUAUGUUCGGAAAGGCACUGCAAAAUACUAUCGUGGUGGCCCAUGGAAUGGCCUGAGAUUCAGUGGUUCACCAGAAUUAAUGCCUAAUCCACUUUAUAGUUUCGAAUUUGUCUAUAAUGAUGAUGAAGUGUACUACACGUACAACCUUCAAAAUGAGUCUGUAAUCUCAAGAAUAGUUUUGAACCAAACCACCAGUACUCGUGAUCGCUUUACGUGGAUUGAAGCAGAUCAAACUUGGAAGGCCUAUUCAUCAGUACCAAGAGACUUGUGUGAUAAUUAUGGCCUCUGUGGAGCCAAUGGAAAGUGUAUCAUUGAUGAGAAUCCAGUCUGCCAAUGUCUGAAAGGAUUCGAGCCUGUGUCUCAAGAAAAAUGGAAUUUGAUGGACUGGUCUCUAGGAUGUGUGCGCAAUAAACCAUUAAGCUGCCAGGAAAGAUAUAAAGAUGGGUUUGUCAAAUUUGUUGGCUUGAAACUGCCAGAUACUACACAUUCUUGGGUGAACAAAAGUAUGAAUCUCAAGGAAUGCAGAACCAAAUGCUUGAACAACUGUUCCUGUAUGGCUUAUGCAAGCUCGGAUAUCAGAGGAGGAGGUACUGGCUGCGCCAUCUGGUUUAGUGAUCUAAUAGAUAUCAGGCAGUUUCCAGAUGCUGGGCAGGUUCUUUAUAUUCGAAUGUCAGCUUCAGAAUUAGCAUGCAAACAUGAUGAAGAAAGUGGUGGUAAAGUGAAGACAGCAAUGAUAAUUGCAGUUUCCGUAGCAGUAGUGUUUUCUGUAGUGCUGUUAGUUGGAUAUUACCUUCACCGAAACAGGAGAAAAUUAAAAGAGAUAGGUGAAACAAAUGUGAACAAUGAAGGGGAACCAGAGGAGGAUCUGGAGCUCCCGCUCUUUGACCUGCCCACAGUAGCUAGUGCCACAGAUAACUUUUCAAGCCAUAACAAGCUCGGAGAAGGUGGAUUUGGACCCGUUUACAGGGGGACACUACCAGAUGGACAAGAAAUUGCUGUGAAGAGGCUUUCAAGAAGUUCUGGCCAAGGAUUGAAUGAGUUCAAGAAUGAAGUUAUACUGAUUGCAAAGCUUCAGCAUCGAAAUCUUGUAAAGCUUCUUGGAUGCUGCGUUCAAGGAGAGGAGAAAAUGCUGAUUUAUGAAUACAUGCCCAACAGAAGCCUGGACUCCUUUAUUUUUGAUAGUGCGAGAGGAGAACUAUUGUUAGAUUGGCCUAAACGUUUCCACAUUAUUUGCGGAGUUGCUCGGGGUCUCCUCUAUCUCCAUCAGGAUUCCAGGCUAAGGAUUAUUCAUCGAGAUCUCAAAGCAAGUAAUGUUUUACUUGAUAAUGAAAUGAAUCCAAAAAUUUCAGACUUUGGCUUGGCUAGAACAUUAGUUGGAGGAGAUCAGACUGGUGGAAAUACAAACAGAGUGGUUGGAACAUACGGUUACAUGGCACCUGAAUAUGCUAUCUAUGGGCUGUUUUCUGUCAAAUCUGAUGUCUUUAGCUUUGGUAUUUUGGUGCUGGAGGUCAUAAGUGGAAGGAAAAAUAAGGGAUUCUACCAUCCAAACCACAGUCAUAACCUUAUUGGACAUGCAUGGAGAUUGUGGAUUCAAGGAAGGCCUUUAGAACUGAUUGAUACGUGUUUUGAAAGCUCAUGUACUCUAUCGGAAGUGUUACGUUGCAUCCAUGUUAGUCUCUUAUGUGUGCAACAUCAUCCUGAGGAUAGACCAAGUAUGGCAUCUGUGGUUAUCAUGCUGGGAAGUGAGAUUGCAUUGGCUCAGCCCAAACAACCUGGUUUCUUUAUAGAAAAGGAAUCACAUGAAGUAGGCUUUUCUUCAGGUAAUCAAACAUCUUCAACAAACGAAAUAUCGAUUACACUUUUGGAGGGCCGUUAAGAAGCGAUUAAUUCGUGGUAUAUAGGUUCAUGCUGCUUUGUUUACUUGCUGUGCAUACUUUCAAAACAAGUAACUUAGGGACCGUUUGAUAACCAUUGCAAUUUUAGUUUUUAUUUUUUAUUUUUUGUGCUAGAGUAUAGAGGAAAAAGAGGGAAAAUGGAAGUGAGAAUGAGAGUGAAGAUGGAAUUGAGAGGGAAGAUGAGAGGGCCCUUAGUUUAUAGAUCGAAGUGGUGUGAGUUAUUGAACAAUAGAUAGGUUGGGUGAUAAAGACCAUUUAGCUAUUCAUGUCAUACAACAUGUAUAUGCUACCAACUAUUUCUCAACGGACACUUUUGAAAAAAGCAGCAAGGUUAUCUUGAAGCAUGAAUAUGUGAAUUCCUUGUUUUAUGAAA